CUCUCCCUUGACGGCUUCUUCUUCCUUGGCUCCACUCGCCACUGGCGCUCCUAGCUCACACACGUCUCCCGCGCGCUCCCCGCGUGGUUCUGGAACCUUUACGCCACUUUCCGGCGACGGAGCGGGCCACCUCGCCCCGCACCUCCCUGCGCGGCGGCCUCGCCGCCCACGUCGACGGCGACGCGGUAGCCCGGCUCGCUGGAGUCCACGUCGCGCGCAUGUACUAGGCUAGCAAGUAGCUAGCCCUCGUACUCUCUCUCACCCGUGUUCACGGCCGGGAAUCUCCCACCGACGUGGCCCCCACCGCGGCCACCACCGUCAACCUCGUCACGGGCCGCCUCGCCGGUCACCACCUCCCCUGCCUUCCCCCCUAUAAAGCCGGCAUCUUGCCCCCAACCUAUCUCAAAUCGAUCGGAGCAGCAGAACAGCAGCCACACCACUCGAGCAAGCAAGCAAUCCUUGUGACAUCGUACCACAGGCCACAAGCCGUGCACUGUUCCAGAUGGCGACCAUGGUGAUGGCCUCCGCCGCGAGCUCUCUCGCCUUCGCCGCAACCGGCGCGCGCGCCGGCCACUUCCCCGCCCGGGUUCCGGCGGCCGGGCUCGCGCCGCGUCGGCGCGCACCGCUCGUCAGGGCGCAGGCUAAUAAGGGUCCUGAGACCAAGCGCGCGGAGAGCCCGGGGAUCUGGGACGCGCUGGCGUUCAGCGGGCCCGCGCCGGAGCGGAUCAACGGGCGCCUCGCCAUGGUGGGCUUCGUGUCCGCGCUCGCCGUCGAGGCGGCCCGCGGGGACGGCCUCCUCGCGCAGCUCGGCAACGGCGCCGGGCUCGCGUGGUUCGCGUACACCGCCGUCGUGCUCUCCGCGGCGUCGCUGGCGCCGCUGCUCCAGGGGGAGAGCGCCGAGGACAGGAGCGGCGGCUUCAUGACCGCCGACGCCGAGCUCUGGAACGGCCGCCUCGCCAUGCUCGGCCUCGUCGCGCUCGCCGCCACCGAGUACCUCACCGGCGCGCCCUUGGUCAACGUGUAGAUACGGCGUACAUUACGUACGCAUACGUGUAUCUGUGUAGAGGAGGUAGUGUAUAUACGUGUGUAUAUGUAUGUACGGCCGGGGUACUUGUGAGCUCGGCUAAGUAUAGUAGUCUUGGAACACCGUAGCUUGGGUUCCCUGGUAAAAAUAAGAGGAAACGUGGAAGGACUUCCUUAAGAAAAAAUUACUGUGUUUUUGCAAAAAUCUUUCAGUUAAACGGUCAUGUAAAUUUGAAAUGGGCUUUCUUUGCAACACAGAAUUUGUACAAGAUGUAGCUUAGCGGCUCUACCAUCACAGUGUUUGUGCCAAAAAGACAUUCAGUUAAACGGUCAUGAUCAUGUAAUUUGAAAUGAACUUUUCUUUGCAGCACAAAUUGUGUACUGCCUCC